AUGUUCAAGAAGCUGUUUGGGAACCCACGAAAUGGCAGCGGUCCCACUGUUAGCACGACGACCACCACCAAGACGGUGGAUGCCAUCCAGAAACUGUCGGAGACGGAGGACCUGCUGAUCAAGCGGCAGGAUGUGCUUGACCGCAAGAUCGCCAUGGAGCUGGAGCGCGCCAAGGAGAUGACACGGGCCAAGAACAAGCGCGGCGCGCUCAUGGCACUGAAGAAGAAGAAGAUGUACGAGCAGCAGCUGGAGCAGCUGCUGAACCAGGUGCAGCGCAUCGCAGAGCAGAAGUCGAUGCUGGAGAACCAGCGCGCGGUGGUGGAGACGGUGGACGCGCUGCGGUCGGGGGCGACGGCCUCCAAGCAUGUGAUGACGGAGAUGAAGAUCGGGGACGUGGACAAGGUGCUGGACUCCAUCAACGAGCAGACGGAGGACAUGCGCGCCAUCCAGGACGCGCUGGGGCAGCCCAUCGGCGCCGCCGCCGACCUGGACGAGGACGAGCUGCUGGGCGAGCUGGAGGAGCUGGAGGCCUCCGAGCUGGACGACCAGCUGCUGCAGCCCGCGCCCGUGCCCACAACGCGCCCCGCUGCCGUGGCAAAGACGGCUGAGGAGUUGGAACUGGAAGAGCUGCAGGCGGAGCUUGCAGCAUGA